UUCAUUCUAAUCAGUAUGUUUUGUUUUGACUCUCGGUUUGUAAAUAUGAUGUUAUUUGACGGAAUUGUCAAUCAAAUUGCAAAUUAUUCGGUUAUGAUCGAAGAAAAUAUUUAACGAAUGUGUUGGCUUUUUCGCGCGUUACAGUGAUUUCGAUAUGUGGUGCUCGGGUGUAUCGUUGUUCUGAAAAAUCGUUCGUGCAUCGUAGUCGUCUUAGCCAGCCCACAAAAAAGAAACCAUGCCAGCGUUAAUUGGAGUCAAUGAAUUUGUGGACGAGACCCGAGAUGAUUACAAUUCACCUACAACAUCGACAUUCGUAUCGCGAAUGACACAAUGUCGAAAUACAAUCACAACUUUGGAAGAGACUUUGGAUUUCGAUCGAGAUGCUUUGACCAAGAUGAGGAAAGCUAUCAAAGCUAUACACAAUUCCGGAAAUUCUCAUACGGAUAACGAAGUGUAUUUCUCGAGAGCUCUGGAAAGGCUUGGAGGCAAUGCAAUGCACCGAGAUCAAGAACCCGAUAUUGGAGCUGCCUUCCUUAAGUUCGCCGUCGUCACGAAGGAGUUGUCAGCUUUGAUGAAGACUUUGAUGCAGAACAUCAACAACAUUGUAAUGUUCCCGUUGGACAGCCUGCUAAAAGGGGACCUUCGCGGUGUACGAGGCGAACUAAAACGACCCUUCGAUAAAGCGUGCAAAGAUUACGACACCAAAUACGCGAAAAUCGAAAAAGAAAAGAAACAACAAGCCAAAGAAGCCGGAUUAUUCAGGACAGAGGUAUCAUCAGCCGAGGUCGCCGAAGAUAUGGAAAAGGAAAGACGCCUGUUUCAGCUGCAAAUGUGCGAGUAUUUGAUAAAAGUGAACGAAAUAAAAACCAAGAAAGGUAUCGAAUUACUGCAACAUCUGGUCGAGUAUUAUCACGCGCAAACCAAUUAUUUUCACGACGGAUUGAAGACCAUCGAAGAUUUCGGCAAUUACGUAGCAGAUUUAUCGGCCAGAUUGCAGCAAAUCAGACAGAAGCAAGAUGACGAAAGGAAACGACUCAAUGAACUCAGGCAGCUGUUGAGAAAUGCGCCCGGAUUGGAAAAAGAAGUCAGCGGUCACACCCCAGAACGCGGAACCGGUUACUCGCUGCAUCAGCUGCAAGGCGACAAGGGUGCCGGAGUCAGUCGUAGUGGGCAUUUGUUGAAGAAAUCCGAGGGUAAAAUGAGACGAGUUUGGCAAAAACGUAAAUGCUGCGUGCAGCCGGAAGGAUUCCUAGAAAUAUUUCACGCCGAUGAGACGAAAACUCCGACCAAAGUUAACCUGCUAACGUGUCAGAUCAAAGUCGUUCCCGAUGAUAAACGUUGUUUCGAUCUAGUCUCUUAUAACAGAACGUAUCACUUUCAAGCCGAAGAUGACGCUGAUCAAAGAGCCUGGCUUUCUGUCUUGGUCAACUGUAAAGAAGGCGCUCUGUAUAGAGCUUUCGAUAACGAAGGUGGCCGAGCACCUGGUAGUUCCUCCUUGCUAGAUUUACAGCAAGCUAUUAUCGCUUAUAUUCAGAGGUUACCCAGUAAUGAUAGAUGCUGUGAUUGUAAUUCUACUAAUGAUGCAACUUGGUUGUGUACGAAUUUCGGUAUUGUAAUUUGUAUCGAGUGUUCGGGUAUUCAUAGAGAUCUCGGAGUACAUAUCUCUCGUGUACAGUCGCUUACUUUGGAUAAUAUUGGCACAUCACAAUUGCUAUUGGCGAGAUAUAUGACUAAUCAGGGAUUCAACGAUAUUAUGGAGGCUACGUUGAACGCUUCUAGUAAACCGAAUGCGUCUAGUACGAUGGACGAAAGAUGCGAAUUCAUUAGAGCCAAAUACGUCGAGAAGAAAUUCGCCAUCACAUCCUGCGCUGACGAAAGAGACCUGUUGAGCGAUUUAGAACACGCUGUUAAUAAUAAAAAUUUAUACAAUUUAUUACAAGUGUUCGCCGAAGGCGUUGAUUUGUCAGCGUCGUUACCAUCUUCGGAUUGCGGGGAAACUGCUCUUCAUUUGGCGAUCAAACGAGAAAUGGGCAUAUCUUUGCAUUUAGUCGAUUUCCUGAUACAAAAUAUGUCGACCGUUUCGUUAGAUAAACGUACUAAUAACGUUAAUGGCGGAGGUAGUAAUACAGCUUUACAUUUAUGCGCUAUUCACGAUAAACCCGAGUGUAUGAAGUUACUAUUACGUAGCGGAGCUGAUCCGAAUGUACGUAACGGUAUCGAUAAAACACCUUUAGAAAUAGCUCAAGAAAAAGGGCAUAAAAAUUGCGAAGAUUUGUUAAUGAGCGCGAUGCAAAAACAAAAAGCACCUUUCGACAACGUGAACAUCGAAUGGAAUCUUACGCACGAUGAAGGAUCAACUGAUUUCUCCGAUGAUGAAACUGUCAUCGAUGAUAGAAACGGAUGUAUUACGCCGGAAAAGAAGCUAAUAUCUUCGCGUCCGCCCAGUUACACGGAAUCUCCACGUAAUCGAGGCUCGACGUGUGAUAACUUCAAGUCGUUCGUGAAUAGUUACCGAUCUCCAAUGCCACCUGGGUCUGCUGCUUUACAGAAUAAACGACCUUCUUUGCCUCAACCAGUAGUUAGUAAUGUUCGAGCUAAACGUACCGCUCCUUUACCUCCUGCUGGUUAUGGGACCCUUCCAUCACAACAUGGGCAUGCCAGAAGUGCCACUCUGGAUAGUCAAGCUUUCAGAAGCUACGGUACUCAUAGAAGAACACCUUCGAAUGAUUCAACGAGUAGGAUUCGUUUAGUUGGAGCCAGACUAGUCAUCCCUCCUGGUGAUAUUCCAACUUUAUCGAACGUAUCCAGUGAUAAACCUUCGAGUUAUUACAUCAAUUCGGUGCAAAGACCACGUUUUCCACCGCCACCAGCUCCAGCCCAAAGUAGCUCUCUAGUAAACGGUCAAUCGACUGAAAACGUCCUAUCACAAAGCUCUUCCGAGUUAUCUCAUAUUCCUACACCGUCGCCUAGAAAGUCAAUCGACAGUUUCGAAAGCGAAACCGAUACUCACGAAAGAUACCAGCUGCAAGUACCUCGAUGUCGAGCACUAUACGACUGUUCGGCCGAUAACGAAGACGAGCUAUCGUUUCAAGAAGGCGAUAUAAUAAUCAUAACGAAUAUGUCAACCGAAGAUGAGAACUGGAUGGAAGGUUGUUUAGAAAAAGAUCCAUCUUCCAAAGGAAUGUUCCCCAUUAGUUUCGUUCACAUGUUACCAGAGGGAUAAUUCAAUUUGUGCGAACGAGUACUACGAUGGAUUGCAAUCGUCCAUACUAUAUGACUUGAAUAAUACUCAUUGUAUUUAUGUUAUUUUGAUAACUAUAGGUUGAGUAACCUUAAACAUGAUCGCUUCGCUGUGUAUAGGUUUUAAUAUUUCGAAUCGUUAUAACGAUCUGUGCAUUUAUAUGUACGCUUUUUACUAUUAUUUAUGUCUUCUCGUAGAAAGCUUUUGUAAACUUUCAUUAUUCGACUUAUAUAUACGUUGGUAAAUCGUUCGAUUCGAUACGUAUAGUGAUAGUUUUAGUGAUCGAAAUUUCGUAUCGAUUUAUUAGCGAAGGUUCGUUCGUAUUUUUAAUUAAUCGCGAUUAAUUUUUUCGUUUUUUGAAACGAACGGAAAUUUAGAAUUGGUUACGUGACUUUUUACGUUUCGAAAUUGGCAACAUUGAAUCGCUCAGUUUUGAUUUUUUUUAAAAAUGGAGGGUGACCGGUGACAAUUGCAAUGUUUGUUGAAAGUUUUUAAUUUUUUUGAGUUAAAAGUUCGAGGUUUUUGAAUUGUUUCGAAGUGUAAAUGAUUUAUCUAAUGUUUCAUUAAUCUGUUUCACGAUCGUCGAUCUUCGUUCGGUGAUUUGUGAAGUGAAAUCGUUCGGUUUUGAAAUCUUCGGUACCGAAGUUGACUACCAUUUGAUUGUUCAUAGAAAAUGGUACUUUUCGAGCUAAAGUUCGGUUUAUUGAAAUGUUCUAGUAAUUGGAAUGGAUUAUUGAAUGUCUCAUCGAUCUAUUAUAGUUCGCAGGUAAUUGAUCAAACCUUUUACUUUACUGAUUUUAUCGAAGUAAUAUCUGUUGUCUUCGUUCAAUACUAAACCGGUACGUUGUUUACCUUUUGACGAAUGAUUCUAUCUGUUUUGUUCUUUAUUUUUAUUUUAAUGUAUGAAAAUAUUACCAAAUAUCGAAUAUGAUUCGAGUAAUCUAACGUACGAUUAGAUCGAAGCUUGCUUCUGAGUUAACGAUGAAGAUACUUUAUCAACGGUCAGUGAUCUUUUUACCGGUGUUUACCCCCAAAGUCAAUGAACCCUUAGAUCUGUUUAUCUUUGAAUCUAGCUUUAAGCUUGCCAAACGUUAUUAUUAUUGUAAUAAUGAUCUCCUGGUGAUGAUUUUUGAAUCAUUUGAGUUGUUGUUUGAUUACUGAAACCGGUGUUAGUUCGAUUUCAAUGUUGCCGGAAACGAUGAGAUGGAAAAUCGAUCGAAAUAUUCGAAAGAAUUAUACUCGGAAUACUGCGAAUUCGUUCAAAAAGUAGUCAUUGUAGGCGAUUAACUUACGUAUGUAUAUUCUGUACGUGUAUUAUUUUUUUGUAUUUUUUACAUAGGUAUAUAUGAUAUUCCUUAACUAACUUUUUACGCUAAGUUCGUACCGUUGAAUUUUUACUAAGGUUGUAUUGUGUAUUAUACGAGUGCAAAUUGUUAAACUGCAAAGUUUAUCGAUUAAGCUCAGGUUGUUUAUCCGUCGUUUAUUACUCUUCGUUCUUUCAUUCAAUAUUUUUCUUUUCGUUUAUGUAUUUAUUGUUGUUAAAGCAUCGAUAUUUAUUGUUCUCAUUAAGAAAAAGAUGGUCUUCCUUCGUCGUCUUCAUCAUCAUCAUCAUCAAUAAGUAGCAACGUACAAACGAAUAGGUAGAUCUUUACAACGAAUUAUUCAUUCAUCAUAUAAUCGAGGUUGUGUUUUUAAAUUAACCAAUAACACAUUGUUUAAGGUAUUUACGUACGUGUACAACUGUACAAAUAUUAUCAUCUAAUCGCGGAGAAUUUUUUAAUACUGCUUUCUAGUCUAUUAUGAAUAAAUACAUUCUAUUAUACGUAACACUUAAUUCGGCGGUUUAGAGAUUUGGAAAGCGUGCUUCGUAUCAUGUUACCAAGUGUUCUUUAUUGUGUGUUUUUUUCUUAUUUUCCUUUUUUUUUUUGUUUCUUUACAACGAGUUCAAAUUAUUUUUAUAAGGGUUUAACUUGAAGUUAAUUGACUCAUCGUCUCGAAUAUGCUUUUCAAUUUUUUUUUCUUUUUUGGAAGAAUUCCGCGCACGCUUUUACAUAACUCGAGUAGGUGGUGCGAAAGAAAAAAAUGUAAGAUAACGCAGUUUUAUUAAUUUUUAAUAACUUACUACGCUCCAAAUACCUAUAAUAAAUUUUAUUAUUCUACGCUACCAAAUUAAAGGUUGUCUCGUGUUAGAGGUUUUGUAUUUAUUUGUUCGAAUGUGUUAUUAUAUUUUGCAUGUUUAUCAUUCCAUGAUACUACGAUUACGAUAGGUACCUAUUGAUUUUAUUUAUUUGACGUGUUAGAAAGUCAACGUACUAUGAGUGUAUACUUGCCUGAUUAUUUUUAUUUAUUAUUUUUUUCUUCUUCUUCGAAGUACUAUUAGGCAGUGUUCGCGCCUUAUAGGGUUGUAGUUUUGUGUGUAUUUUUCAAUAUUGAAAAAAACUGAAAUAAAUUAUUUUAUCGUAA